ACAAGACUUUGAGAUUUCGAUUCAGUGCUGAAGUUUAAUAGGCUAUGAUGGACAGCAAUUCACAAACUCCGAAAACAAACGAAUGAAACGCACUGCAUAGGCCUAACUUGCUCAAACUUUUUACAAGAAUGGAUAUCAAGUGAGUGUCAACUGAAGCACCUGUAUUUAUUAAGAUGUCUGACUUUUCACUUGGGAUCAGUGUGCGAUUUUCAACAAACUCGGAGUGUUUUGAAGGUAUUCAUCACUGACUGAACUCGAAAGUAAUCCACUCGGGAAAAUGCCUCGUCCUGGAAGAAACACGUACAGCGAUCAGAAGCCGCCGUAUUCGUAUAUUUCGCUGACCGCUAUGGCCAUUCAGAGUUGCCCGGAGAAGAUGCUCCCGCUUAGCGAAAUUUACAAGUUCAUCAUGGACAGAUUUCCUUAUUAUCGGGAAAACACACAGCGCUGGCAGAACUCCCUUCGCCACAACCUUUCCUUCAACGACUGCUUCAUAAAGAUCCCGCGGAGACCGGACCAGCCGGGGAAAGGCAGCUUCUGGGCUCUCCAUCCCAACUGCGGCGACAUGUUCGAGAACGGGAGCUUCUUGAGGCGCCGCAAGAGAUUCAAGGUGAUGAUCACCUCCGAGCACCUGCAAAAACCCUCAGACGCGGCGCAUUACCUCCAGCAACAGGCAAAACUCAGAAUGACCGCAUUAGGGACACAUCUACCUCAGAUGACCAGCUACAACUUAAGUGUGUCGCAACCCUCCACUUUCAAACACCCCUUUGCCAUUGAAAACAUCAUUGCCAGAGAUUACAAAAUGCCAGGAAGUCUUGCUUUCUCCACCAUGCAGUCCAUGUCUACAGGUUACCAAAUACACAAUCAGCUGACCACGGCAUGGCCCCACAUGUAUAGCAGUAAUGUGAUAGACGCUGAGUAUACUGCCUAUGGAGUACCGCUCAAAUCCCUGAGUCAUGGCGCGCCAAGUUUACCGGCGAUCCCUGUGCCAAUCAAACCCGCUCCAGCUUCGGUUCCGUCCAUCCCGGCGCUGCACGCCCACCUUCCAGCGUUCCUCUCCGGCUCUCCACAGUCCCUGAGCCCGACGUCUCCAAGCCAGAGCAGCCCCGCCACACCGAGCCCGACCUCCCUUCUCCAUUCGGUCGCCGUGCACUGUCAAGAGGUCACUUAAAACUUUAAGAGGAACUUGAAACUUUCUGUACACAUCCACCCUGAUUCACUGCACCGACGAAAGGCAAGACAAAAAUUGACAGUAUACAAAACAUCUAAUAUGAAACCUGUGAAAUCAUAGAAAAAGACUAUUUCAAAAUACAAUCUCUUAAGUUUGCAUAUAGCUCAACUUCUUCGUGACAUUUAUGUCAUGAAUUUAGGCUACCUCAUGUAAUUAAAGGUCAAGAAUCCUAUUAAAAAAAUGCACAAUGGACUAUAAAAAUGAAAAUGUGAGAACAAGCGAGUUUUGGACGGUAAAGUUCAUUAAGCAUAAUUUCAGUACGACCAUUCUCCAUGUAGAUAAUUUUACUUGUAACUUAAAAAUUUGGGGUGUUUUUAAAUCAUCAAGUCUCAUCGACAACAAGUAAGAAAACUGAAAAGAUUGAGAAUCGCAUGUAUAAGCACAGACGCUACAGCCUUUCCGUGUGGCAGUGUAGAAAUAUAAAAAUGGAAAUACUCCUACGAUGCACUUUUGGUGUGACUUUACAAAUAUCGCAAGAGAUGUUGUUCUGUGAACAAUGCUCAGCCUAAUUUAUCCGCUUCGUUGAAAAUAUAGUCAAAGCUGUUGUAUAUAAGUUUUCUGUAUAAUGUUGACAUGCUCUGAUGUACUAGCAUGCUGCU